AUGGGCUGGAACAGUUGGAAUCAUUUUAAACAUAAUAUUAGUGAAAAAAUAGUCCAACAAACUACAGAUGCUAUUGUAGCUACAGGUCUCGCAGCCGCUGGAUAUCAAUAUGUGAAUCUGGAUGAUUGUUGGCAAUUGACCCGAGAUAGUCAAGGUGUUAUUCAUCCUGAUCCUGAAGCUUUUCCAAGUGGAAUACCAGUUCUUUCUGAUUAUGUCCAUUCAAGAAAUCUUAAGUUUGGUCUUUAUUCAGAUGCUGGAUUUAAGACAUGUGCUAAACGACCUGGUUCACUUGGUUAUGAAACAAUAGAUGCUAACACAUAUGCAUCUUGGAAUGUUGAUUAUUUAAAAUAUGACAAUUGUAAUACAGAUGGAACUAUUCCUGAAGUUCGAUAUCCAAUUAUGCGAGAUGCUUUAAAUGCUAGUGGACGACCUAUCUUCUUUUCUAUGUGCGAAUGGGGUGUUGACACACCAGCAUUAUGGGCAGUUAAUGUUGGAAAUAGUUGGCGCACAACAGGAGAUAUUCGAGAUAAUUGGGAUUAUAUGAUGUUUAAUAUUGAUAUUAACAAUGACUUUGCUGAUAAAGCUGGUCCUGGUGGAUGGAAUGAUCCUGAUAUGCUUGAAAUAGGAAACGGUGGUAUGACUGAUGCUGAAUAUUCUACACACUUUUCUCUUUGGGCUAUUAGCAAAGCACCCUUACUUAUUGGAUGUGAUGUAACUAAUAUGAGUGCAGCUACUUUAUCUACUUUAACUAAUCCUGAAGUAAUUGCUGUUAAUCAAGAUUCAUUAGGUGUACAAGGAAAAAAAGUUGCUUUUGCGUCGUCACAAUUCCCCAAUGCAUCAACUGAGAUAGUUGUUACAAAUUGUUCAACAUCAUCAAAAAUAGAACCAAAACGUCUGCAAUGGACAUACAAUUCUCAAGAUGGAACAAUUCGAUCAUCUCUCAAUGGAAAAUGUUUAUCCAUUAAUAAUUGUAGUAUAGAUGAAGGAGCUGCUAUUGUAUUAAAUGAGUGUCAUUUUAAUGAUUCACAAGCACAAUGUCAAGGGAAAAACCAACAAUGGAUAGUUAGAACAUCUGAUCAAACUGUUAUUUCACAAAUGAAUGGAAAAUGUUUGAAUGACAAUCUUAAGCAUGGACCAAAUGUUGAUGCAUAUACAUGUGAUAAACAGGAUCAUCAACAAUGGUUAUGGAAUGCUACAGACGGAACAGUACGAACUAAACAUGACGGUCAAUGUUUAACUGUUUUACAAGAACUUGAGGUUUGGGCUGGUCCACUUUCAGAUCAUUCGCAAGCUGUUGUUUUACUUAAUCGAGGUAAUAGUGGAAGUGAAUCAAUCACUGUCAAAUGGACUGAUAUUGGAUUUUCAAAUGAUCAAGCAGCAAUUGUUCGUGAUUUAUGGGCCCGAAAAGAUCUUGGAAUAUUUACAGGCAGUUUUACAUCGCCUAAUAUUAAUUAUCAUUCAGUCAUCAUGCUGAAAAUUAUUCCGACCCGCAAACAAAUAGUAGAAAAUUACAAUUGA